AGGAGGCGGACGGGACGCUGGACUGCAUCAGCAUGGCCCUGACCUGCACCUUCAACCGCUGGGGCACGCUGCUGGCCGUGGGCUGCAACGACGGGCGCAUCGUCAUCUGGGAUUUCCUGACCAGGGGCAUCGCCAAAAUCAUCAGCGCUCACAUUCACCCCGUCUGCUCGCUGUGCUGGAGUCGAGAUGGUCACAAGCUGGUGAGUGCCUCGACCGACAACAUUGUGUCGCAGUGGGAUGUGCUCUCUGGCGACUGCGACCAGAGAUUUCGAUUUCCUUCGCCUAUCUUGAAAGUUCAGUACCACCCUCGAGACCAAAACAGAGUUUUGGUUUGUCCCAUGAAGUCGGCGCCGGUGAUGCUAACGCUGUCAGACUCCAAACACGUUGUCCUACCUGUGGAUGAUGAUUCCGAUCUCAAUGUCGUGGCCUCCUUUGACAGGCGAGGGGAAUACAUUUAUACGGGCAAUGCCAAGGGGAAGAUCUUGGUCUUAAAAACAGACACUCAGGAUCUUGUUGCUUCCUUCAGAGUGACAACUGGAACCAGCAACACCACAGCGAUUAAAUCAAUUGAGUUUGCUCGGAAAGGAAGCUGCUUUUUAAUAAACACAGCUGACCGGAUAAUCAGGGUGUACGAUGGCCGUGAAAUUCUAACUUGUGGACGAGAUGGGGAGCCUGAACCCAUGCAGAAGCUGCAGGAUUUAGUGAACAGGACGCCGUGGAAGAAGUGCUGUUUCUCUGGUGACGGUGAAUACAUAGUGGCAGGUUCAGCACGGCAGCACGCCCUGUACAUUUGGGAGAAGAGUAUUGGAAACCUAGUGAAAAUCCUCCACGGCACCAGAGGAGAGCUGCUCUUGGAUGUAGCAUGGCAUCCUGUCCGACCGAUCAUAGCUUCUAUUUCGAGUGGUGUUGUGUCAAUAUGGGCUCAGAAUCAAGUGGAAAACUGGAGUGCCUUUGCGCCUGACUUCAAAGAACUGGAUGAAAACGUAGAAUAUGAAGAGAGAGAGUCAGAGUUUGACAUUGAAGAUGAAGAUAAGAGUGAACCAGAACAGACAGGUGCUGAUGCUGCAGAAGAUGAAGAAGUGGAUGUAACUAGUGUGGAUCCCAUUGCUGCCUUCUGUAGCAGCGAUGAAGAACUGGAGGACUCCAAGGCUCUGCUUUACUUACCCAUUGCUCCUGAAGUUGAAGAUCCAGAAGAAAACCCCUAUGGCCCUCCACCAGAUGCGGUUCAGAGUUCUUUAACUGAUGAGGGAAUAGGUUCUGAGAAGAAGAGGCAGUCCUCCUCUGACGGCCCUCAGGCACCAAAGAAGAAGCCCAAAACCACCAACAUUGAACUACAAGGAGUACCUAACGAUGAAGUCCAUCCGCUGCUGGGUGUGAAGGGAGAUGGUAAAUCCAAGAAGAAGCAAGCAGGCAGGCCUAAAGGAUCAAAAGGUAAAGACAAAGAUUCUCCAUUUAAACCGAAACUCUACAAAGGGGACAGAGGUGCUUUACCUCUGGAAGGAGCAGCGAAGGGUAAAGUGCAGGCGGAGCUGGGACAGCCUUUGACAGGUGGUGCAAUCUCAGAAUUGUUAUGA